CGGGAAGCCACUCUAACGAGAAGGGGAGAAAGGGAGGUCAGUCUUAAUGCAAAAACUUUCCAACAUGUCUGCGCUCAUGACGGUCGCUUGGCAAGGGUUGGCCAGAAAAACCCUUUGCGAAACCUGCCAACGCCUGACUCAAGUAUGGAUGAUACGCCGUGAUAAUUCCAACAGGACAUCCAUUUGCCGUACCAACAGAUACUCGUAUGUUCGCCAGUAUCCAACAAUGCUCGUUCUUCCAGAUGGUGCCACAGUUACGAUUCGGUACAAGGAGCCACGUAGAAUUAUAAAGCUUCCCGUAGAUUUGUCCACCUUGUCCGAGUCUGAGCGACGAUAUCGACUACAGCAGCGUAAACCGAAGCAGAAAAUAGUAAUAGAAGAGGAUUCCGAUGAUGACGAUUUUGAUGUCGACCGAUACAGUCACUUGUGGAAGAAUAAAUGAGGAAUUUUGCGAUGCACCUCUAUGCCUUUUAAGGAUAGCCACCACCAUCCCUACUUCUUGUCAUUAUGCUGUAAAUUGUUUCAGAGACAUGUUUUAAAAAUUGUGUUGUAAGUAGUGUGCAUCUUGAAUCCAUGGCCUCCUUAGUGUGCCUGGAAUAGCAUUAACUCACUUGACAGCACCCACCUUUCUUUUCAAGUCAGGACUGGAUGACUGUAGUUUAAAACCAUAGGUUGUUUCAAGUACGUCACCCACACGAUGGUGUUAUGUGUUUUGUCUGUUGCAUCCAUAAACGUGUUAUACAGAGAACCAAAAA